AAAGCUUCAAUAUUGGAUAAAUAAAUCUUUGGCAAAAAAGUGGAGGUAUCACAAACAUAAACUAGCCAACAGCAAAUACUUUGACCCUAACAAAACACAGGAGGAAAAUUGUAGAAAAACGCCUCCGAAUGUCCCUCUCAACAACGGCAGUUUUUGGUGAAAGAGAAGAGCAUUUGGAUGAUGUUGGGAAGAUUGAAUUCUAUCGGAUAACACACACCUUAAAGAAUGGUAAUAUUGUUGAUGAAGAAGCUAAGAGAAUCUUGAAUGAGGCUGAAGCUACUUUUGAAAAAUAUAAGCAGGAGAGCCCAGAUUCAAGCACUAAAGAUUUGUUAAAAGCUGAAAGGAAAAUCAUGCCCCAAGUUAGGGGGUCCGAAAGGAGCGGACGUGUAAGAGGAUUGGGGUUAGGACCAACCCCAACAUCAAUUGGUAUCUCCAAGGCUUCUUCAAGUAAAAAUUGCAAACUGAAAAAAGUGAGAAAAGAGUUGAAAGAUCUGAAGGGGCAGAUGUCAGCUGUACUUGGAAUUCUCAAAGAUGCUGGAUUGGUGAGUCAAUAUCAAUGCUGAGCUUAUAUUAUUGUUAUAAACAAAUUAAUUUAUG